AUUGCAGCAGAGCCAAGAUGAAGGUCAUUGCUGUCCUUGCACUUUGUGUGGCCCUGUUCCACCAGGGAUACAGCAACACCCUGGACUCAUGCGAGGGACGUUGUGGUUAUGGGACAGACAAUAAUUUCUCCUGUCAGUGUAACCCGUCCUGUGAGCGCUUCGGAGACUGUUGUUCUGACUACAAUGAAGUUUGUCAAGCUGGAGCCUUGUCUUGUAAAGGCAGAUGUGGUGAGAAAUUCAACUCUCAGAACAAGUGCCACUGCAACUCCAAGUGCAGCCAGUACAACAACUGCUGCAGCGACUAUGCAGACCUCUGUGAUGGUGACAGUGGCGGCGGCGGUGGAGGUACUGUGAUCACUGAUGCUGAGAUCAAGGCUCUCUCUGAGACGCUCUACGUUCUGGACUCAAACAAGGCUUCACCCUCAGAACUGAUCAUCGACCCUCAGGCUCUUGUGCCCGACUCUCAGACCAGCUCCAAGGACGACCUCUCCUACAAACCCCUGUUCCAAUACCUGGAUGAGGGCGCUCUGUUCUCCAGACCCACCUACGCUGCUCUGCUGGCUGUGCUGGACAACUACAACAGGAUGACCGGACAGACAGAGGACUUCAGCCCUCAGCAGCUGGCUGAGCAGGAAACCUUCCUCAAGGAGACCAUGUCCAACACUGAGCUGGGCAGAGAGCUGUUUGCUUUCCUCUUCACCAAAGGCGUCUAUGCAUCAGAGGAGGAGUUUAUUCAUGACCUGAAGAUGAUGUGGUUUGGUCUGUACUCCCGCAACAACAAAAAGAUGGACUCCAGCGGCUUUGAACACAUCUUUGCAGGAGAGAUCAAGGGAGGAAAGGUGUCUGGUUUCCACAACUGGAUCCAGUUUUAUCUUCUGGAGAAAAGAGGCCAGCUGAACUACUACAGCCACAGCUUCAAUGGGCCUUGGACCACCUACCCUGACGUCAUGGGCAUGCAGUUCAUGUGGGACGGCUACUACAAGCAGGUCGGCUCUGCAGUCAUUGGUUGCAGCCCUGAAUUUGACUUUGCCUUAUACAGCCUCUGCUACAUCACUCGCCCUGGAAAACAGUGUCGUCUGAGCCUGGGAGGGCAGGAGCUCAUUAUCCAAACCUACACCUGGGAUAAUUCUUCCUAUGGCGAUGGGAAGAAGUACAUCGGCUCUGCCUUUCCUGCAACCCCCAGGAACUGAAGCUGCCAUCUGCUAAACAAUAGGCAACUCAUGGAGGAGUCUGCUUGUGUUUCAGUACACUCACACUUUGAAUAAUAUUUCCAACAGAAGCACUUUUCUCAGUGAGAGGUAUCCAUGCAUGUAAUUAAACUUCUCCUCCACUC